AUGACAUACUUCACCGCCUCCUCGACUGACAUGAAGCAGGUCAAGUACGUUCUUCUUGACUGCGAUAAUACUCUCUGCCUCUCCGAGCGUCUUGCCUUCGAGGCUUGCGCUGAUCUCACCAACGAGCUCUUGGAGCAGUAUGGCAAGCCAGAACGCUACACUGUCGACAAGCUCCUCGAGGAGUUCGUUGGUCAGAACUUCCGUGGCAUGAUGGUCAACCUCCAGAAGAUCCACAACUUCCAGAUGCCACCCGAGCAACUCGAGGAGUACGUCAACAAGGAGGUCGGCUACGUCACCAAGAAGCUGUCCGAGAAGUGUACGGAGUGCCCCGGUGCCACUGCUGAGCUCGAGAAGCUUGAGAAGCAGGGCUACCCCAUGGCCGUCGUCUCUACCUCAGCCAAGCCUCGCGUCGUUGCAUCUCUCAAGAAGGUCGGCAUGGAUAAGUUCUUCCCCGAUGCCAAAGUCUACUCGGCUGCUACAUCCCUCAACCCUCCUUCCUCCAAGCCUGAUCCUAAGAUCUACCUCUUCGCCUGCGAGCAACUCGGUGUCAAGCCUGAGGAGUGCGUCACUGUCGAGGACUCUCGUUCAGGUGCUACUGCGGCCAUGCGUGCUGGUAUUCCCUUCAUCGGCUAUGUUGGUGUUUACGGUAUCGAGGACGGCAAGGAGAGAAUGGAGCAGAUGGCCAAGACCCUCAAGAACGACUGCAAGGCCGACCAGAUCAUGUACGACUGGAAGGAGUUCCCUGAGCUUCUGGCUAAGAUCGAGGCCAAGUAG